AAUUAUAUAACCAUAUAUAUCGUGUGCUUUUAAGUAAUUUGAAUGUAUGUAGAGUUUUAGUAUAUUUCCAUUAUUCGUACAUGUUGAUAGCAGACGGGUGAUGGCGCUGUGGAGCUAACUAAGCGUUAGCACAAGGAAAGAAGAAGCGUCACCCUAACAGGAAGCGUGUACCAAAACAACGUGGUUUCAUUGAAAUUGCCGGUGUUUAUAUCCACAAAACUGAAGCUGUUUACUGUUUAAAAGAUGAAGUACUCGGAGGUAAAGCAACACCAACCCUCCCUCUAUCUAGAAGUUUGUUCCCAAAAUGAGGAGCCACGUCUUCCGCUGCACACCUCCAUCUCCCUGUUCCUCCUCUCCUACUGCGAGUGCAAGUCUUUUAAAGUUUUUCUGGUUUUCACCAAACCUACCAGCUCCCAGUCACUGAAGAGCCAGCUACCAGAGUGUCUGGAUGUGUCUGACAUUCAGGUGGAGGAUUUACCCCAGUUAGUGAGGGGCUGCCGCCUCCCUGCUGCUUUGGAUGAGACUGGGAGCCUCUGCAGAGCAGGGUUGGCGGUGGUCCUGAGACACAUCAUCAGCAAGACCUUGGAGGCUGACCCUUCUAGAAAUGAUGUUCUGGCACUGCUGGGAUUCAAGAAGACCUGUCUGAAGGCCUGCGCUGAGGUAAGCAAGUGGACCAGACUGUGUGAAAUUGGCAUCCCUUCUGCUGUUGAAGAACAACUCAAAAAUCCCUCAAAUCAAUAUCUACAGCCGCCUCUCUCCAUCCUCACCCUGGAGCGAAGGCUAGCGGAGCCUGUCAAAGUCCACAAUGAUGACAAGAUACGGAGACAGAAACUCCAAGAGCAGAGACAGAAUGAAAAAAAGGAAUCCCCAGAAUCCGAACCUGGACAGGCACCUCAGGUGGGUGAUGGACUUGAGCUCAGGGCGGCUCUGGCCAAGCUGUCUGUGGAUUCAGUUCCAACUUUGGCCACCAGAGAGAACUCUGAGAUCAGGAAAGUGAGGACCACAGACCUGCCUCCGCUGGAGCAUGUGUUUGCUGAGGGACUGUACUUCACUCUGACUGAUGUGGUGCUGCUGCCGUGCAUCUAUCAAUACUUGUGUUCCCUGCAAGCCCACGCUGCGAGCACUCUACAUCAGCUCCCCCACCUGCUGCGCUGGUACAGUCGUGUUCAGGAGGUACCCGGGGUCCUUCGGGCAGCAAACGCCUGUGGGAUUCCUCUUUCCAUCCCCCAAGUUCCCACGUCCGGCCUCCCAGGGCCUUCAGCAGAGGACAACCUACUCGGCCUACUGGAGCAAGGAGAAGGCCAGGAAAUGACCACACAGCUUCCCUUCGUCGGCGGCCCCAGGCCCACAAUGACUAAACUUAAAGAAAAUGGCAUCGAGGCUGUCUUCGCUCCUCAUCCUUGCCCUGCCUGGACCCUCCCAUGGGACAGCUUACCAGGAGCCAUCAACCCCACUGAAGGGAAAAUGUCAAAUAUCCGUGCAGUCAGGAAGAGGCAACAGCUGAAUAACUUGGUUGCCAUGGUUACGGAGCUAGCCAGGCCUGGCUACACCGUGGUGGAUUUCUGCAGUGGAACGGGACAUGUCGGGAUCGUGCUGGCUCACACACUUCCAGAUUGCCAGGUCAUCCUCAUAGAGAACAAAGAAGAGUCGUUGGUCAGGGCCCAGAGUCGGAGCGCCGAGCUCGGUCUGAAAAACAUCGGCUUCAUUCAGGCCAAUUUGGACUACUUCACCGGACCAUUUCAGAUUGGGGUUGCCCUCCAUGCAUGUGGCGUUGCAACAGACAUGGUGAUGGAGCAUUGCAUCCAGGCAGAAGCUGCAUUUGUCAUCAGUCCUUGCUGCUACGGAUUCAUCCAGAAUGCUGUCAAGUUCACCUUCCCCAAGAGCAAAAGGUUCCAAGAGACUCUGACUUAUAAGGAACACAUGAUCGUCUGCCGCUUCGCAGACCAAACUGCUGUCCAGCUCCCUCCUGAGAGACGACUCAUCGGUAAACAGUGCAUGGGCCUCGUGGACUUGGACCGCUCGUGGGCAGCAGAGACUGAUCGGUACUCGGUGCAGGUGAUGACGAUGGAGCCUGAAAGCUGUUCACCGAAGAACAACAUGCUGGUGGGAAGGCCGCCGCACAAGAGUGGACUGGAAGCUGGUGCUAGCCAAGUGGAAACACUGGUGCUUAAUUAGGACUGUUAGCAGCUGUGUACCGCAGAGCAUCUUCACUACGGUCAGGAUUUGAUGAAGCACCCAGCCUCCGUGGCUCCUGCCUGUGUCAUCAUGAUGCCGAGAAUACAACUUUUUUUUUAAUCCACACUCAACAUUUUCUUUUUAUUUAUUUUCUACAAGCCCUUUUGUAAGAAACCGCCUCGGGAAAAUCAAUGACAUUUUGGCUCGUUAUUUCCAGAGUGGCAAAAGUCAUCUUCUAAAAUCUCUUUUCAGACGGAACUUAGAGACAAUAGUGCCGUGAUUUUUUUUUAUGCGAUAAACAAGAGUGCUCUCAGGGAGAAGUACUCCUCUCCCUUGUUAAAUGCACUCAAUUGUUGGACACUUGGUUGUAGUAAAAGCUCGAGCCUCUCACCAACUGCUACGCUACGUUUGUGUCUUUGCCUAAACUGUGUGAUCAAGCUGUCAGCGUAAACAGAAGCAGCAGGAAUUACACACCCACAUUGCGAAUUAAGCACAGCAUACUUCCACAUGCUGUUUUUGCAAAUAGUCGGUAUACGGCCUUCUGUGAUAGAACUCAGCAGUCGGCUCCCUCUGUUGCCAGGUAUUAAAAGAAAAAGGAGAAAUUCAGCGCUCAAAAGUCAUCUGCACUUAAAGAUCAGAUGAGAAUUAUCCUUAUCUUCCUGUCUUGUGUUUGUAAGGGACUGACAGAGAGAUAGAGGGGGAUGUAAGAAAGAGAGAAAUUGGAUUUGAACUUAUAUCACAUCAGGUGGAAUUCUGCAUUUGUCAUGGUUCUACAGAGAAACUGAUUAUUCCUCAUAAAGAAUGAAUGUGAAUAUGGAAUGCAUGUCGUAAUACGUUCAGCAGCAAUGAAUAUUUUAUGACGCCGGCAAAAAGGUCAGUUCGCUUGAUUAGAUGCGCACCAUUCGGAGCGUAGUAGCUGAAAACCACACAAUACGCUCUCUAUUUCCAAACCUAUAUAUACGUUAGGCACACUAUAGCCCCUUAAGCUUUCAUUCUCCCCGGUGCUACUGGUUAUCUGUUUCUCUGAAAAAUCCUGUGUUGUCACCUUUGACAGUGUAUCGCAGCUGCUUGAGGAAUCAGGGGAGGUAGCCCGAGAGCCAGUUUUCCUGCUCCUGCUAAAGGGAUACACGAGAGAGGAGCGCAGGCUUUUUCCAGCAUCGAGCUCAUCUGAAUUCAGUCAGCAAAGUCAAUCUAUCCUGAGGUGAAUGGCCAGACACGGCUCCUACCGAGGAGUGGAAUUAUUUCAAAAGGAGACGCCUGACUCCCUGUUCAUGUUUGUGGCUCUGCACAAGUGCACAUUACAGAAAUUCAUAUAGGCACAAAAGAGGAGAGGGAGAGAGUAGGUGGCGCUACUUAAAGCUUUCGCCUAAGAGAUGGGAGAAUAUUGAGGUGUGAAGUGGGUCGAUUCAACGCAAACACUUGGGGCUGGAAGGUGCCUUAACAAGAUUCUUUGUUUAGACAAAAUAGGUGAGAUAUCUGAGCUUAUUUCUAUGUAAAUGCACAGCGUUUCUGUGCUAAUGGUCAGCCUUGUGAAGCUUCGUGAAGCCUUUCUAUGAGAGCAGGUUAGAGUCAGUGUGAUGCACUGAACUGGAUACUUUUUUAGUUCAUAUUUAACUGAUUGACAUGAAGAUGUGAGUUUAAUCUGAAGCAAAAUAUUUGGCGGUCCCAUUUUUAAAAGUUUCUUCAAAGUGAGAUUUUCAUGUCGUUUUCUUUUAUUAUAACAAAAGAAUAGUUGCUGUAUAAAAAUGUUAUCAAAAAGGCCAAUCAACGGAGACAUGCACACAGCCUGUAUUCAGAAACUGUACCUUUAAACGAGCCGUCAGGACUUUUGUAGGGUUGUGAUGUCACAACUAUACUAUAUUAACAAUAGCGCUCAAACUUU